AUGGCCGCCAGUGACUCCCAACACGAGAAGCACUUGGAAACAAAUCCUCCUGGCCACGCCUGGUUGCUCCCUUCUGAAGGAGGAGAGAUGGUUACCCUGCUGUUGGCAGCCCCAGGAAGUGGCACCAGCGAUCCGAGUGGGUCUUCAUCCCUCCCUGGAAGCAGAGACACUCAGAGUGGCUUCCGAUGUCCAGAGUGUGAAAGGGUGUUUGCCAAGAUAAAUUUUCGGAAUGCCCACAUGAAGCGCCAUUGGCUGCAGGAGGAGAACCUGGACUCCCUCCAGAAGAUCAGCUCUGCCCUGCCUCGCUGGGACCUGAUGUUCUCCAUGCCCGAGAUACUGGAUAAGCUUUUGAAACAGCUGUCCCUGCACCUGCAGGACAAACAGGAAGGAGAUGUCUUGCCAAAUUCUUCAGUUGUAAUUAAUGUGAUCUUUAAACCCCAAGAAGCCAGAGUCUACAAACAAAUGGUCUACUGUGACAUCUCAGGCCGUGAAACCAGGCUGCCCCUGCGCAUCAAAGGGGAAGGCAUAGGGCCCCAGCUCUGCUCUGACUUGGACCAGCUGGACAUCGGGAAGGUCUCUGUUGAAUCAGCGCAGACUUAUGAGAUGAUCCUGUUUAACAAAGGAGCCAUCGAUGCUUUCUUCAGCCUGGAGCCUCCAACUACAGCUCUGGGCUCCUGCUUCACCUUUCUCCCUCAGGAAGGUCUCAUUUCACCAAACAGGCUCCAAAUCAUCAAGAUCUCCUUCAGUUCCACCAUCCUGGGGGAGUUCACAGAAGAAUUCAGAUUCAAUGUAAAUGGAUCCCCUGAGCCUGUGACUUUGACUAUCAGGGGCUGUGUUACCGGACCACUUGUUCACUUUGAUGUGCCUUCUCUCUCCUUUGGUGAUGUCUCCUUUGGCUUUCCUCGCACAUUGUCCUGUCGCCUCAUUAACACGUCCUCGGUGCUCAGGACCUUCAACCUUUACAUUCCUGAGGAUGGCUCAGGAGAGCCCAGUGUCACCAUUUCUCAUCUGAUGUUGGACAACACCCUCCCAUCUCGAAGAAGGAGGAGUCGAAGACAGGUCAGGCCGACUGAAUUUACCAUCACUCCUUGCAGAGGGAUCAUCCAGCCCCAGGGAUUCCAGGAUAUCCAGAUCACCCUGUGUUCCAACACUGUGAAGAAAUACCGUCUGGCACUGGUGGUGGACGUGGAGGGUGUUGGCAAGGUGUCUUCAUUGCUCCUCAGAGCCAGGUGUGUCAUUCCUCAGCUGCGAGUGCUCAACCCUGUUGUGACGUUUGAAAAUUGCUUCCUGAAAGUACCCUGUCAGCAGAUGCUGACCAUUGUGAACGACAGCAAUCUUCCAGGCUGCUACAGGGUUCUUCCUCAGGAACACAAGGACGCUGCUGCUGUGCAGUACUCCAGCCCUGUGCCGUGUGGGAUUAUCCAGCCUUGCAGCUCAGUGGAGGUCCCCUUUACACUGGAAGCCCAGGUGACAGGAGAGCAGGACACUGUUGCUUGUGUUGCGGCAUUUGGGAUGGAAGAAUUCCCGCUGGAAAUCCAUUUGGUGAGCAUUGCAGAAGGACCAGUUGUCUAUGUCCAGCCAAGUAAAAUAAAUUUCGGCAGUAUCCAAGUCCUUCAAGACGCUUCCCGGACUCUCCGCCUCUCCAAUCAAACCAUCAUCCCUGCGUCCUUCACGGCACAGAUGGCUGGCAAACACUCACGCUGGAGGAUUGAACCCAGUCAAGGAGUGAUUCCCCCCAACACCGAGGUGGCUCUGGCUGUUAUAGCAAACUUGGAUGGCGCCAGGAAAUUGAAGGAUGAGGUGAAGGUCUUCAUAGGGAACAGCCGGAGCUACAUCAUCCCGGUCCAGGCUGUUGGCGUCGGCACCACGACUAUUACCAACAAACCUAUUGCUCCAGAGGUCAACUUGGGGCCCCACUUCAGGUAG